AUGGCGCUGCUCACCCACCUCCUCGCCUGCACCUUCGGCAUGGGCUCCUGGGUGGCCAUCAACGGGCUCUGGGUCGAGCUGCCACUGCUGGUGACGGUGCUGCCGGAGCAGUGGGACCUGCCCUCCUACAUCACCAUCAUCAUUCAGAUGGCCAACGUGGGGCCGAUCUUCAUCACCCUCAUGCACCGCUUUCGGCCCGGCCUGCUGAAGGAGGUGGCUGUUAUCUACGUGGUGGUGUCCGUGGGAGUUUUGGCCUGCUUGCUCCUGGCCUUCCUCUGGGAAUACACCUCCCCCAUCGCCGGGAGGACCCAUAGCACAGCCUUCCUGCUCCUCACCUUCUUCCUGGCCCUGGUGGACUGCACCUCCUCCGUCACCUUCUUGCCCUUUAUGAUGCAGCUGGAGCCCCAGUACCUGACCACCUUCUUCAUUGGCGAAGGUCUCAGCGGGCUGAUCCCUGCAUUCAUUGCCCUGGGCCAGGGCUCCGGCCUCUCCAGCUGUGUCAACCUCACCCGUGUUGUCAACGUCACCAUGGGCAACGAGACCGUGGAGACCACCAUCUCCCAGCUGGAGACCCGCUACCUCCCAGCCAGAUUCUCCCCCCUGCUCUUUUUCCUUCUCAUGACUGUGAUGAUGCUGGCCUGCUUGCUGGCCUUCUUCUUCCUCACCAGGCAGCCCAAGGUGUGGGAGCUCUCCCAGCAGAAGCUGUUUUCCAGCAGCAUCAUUCUGAGCUCAUUUGAACAGAUCCUUGACGAGGGAGAUAGCUCAAGGCUGAACAGAGGCUGCCAGUGCCCAAAGGAUGCCAAAGUGCCUGGGGACAUCCUGCCAGAGAAGGUCUCCUACUCCCUGGCUAUGCUCACCUUCAUCUACCUCCUCAUCGCCUGGGUAUCUGCUCUGAUGAACGGGGUCCUGCCCUCGGUGCAGUCCUACUCCUGCUUGCCCUACGGCAACACCGCCUACCACCUCACGGCCACGCUCAGCUCCAUGGCCAACCCCCUCGCCUGCAUCGUGGCCAUGAUCCUGCCCAGCAGGUCCCUGACCCUGCUGGGCACCCUCACCGUGGCAGGGACGGGCUUUGGUGCCUACAACAUGGCCAUCGCGGCGAUGAGCCCCUGCCCGCUGCUCCAGAACUCCCCGUGGGGCGAUGCCACCAUCGUCCUCUCCUGGGUGCUCUUCACCGGGACGCUCUCCUACGUGAAGGUGAUGGCCGGGGUGAUCCUGAGGAGCCGCAGCCACAGCUCGCUGGUGUGGUACGGGGCGCUGGAGCAGCUGGGCUCCCUGCUGGGGGCCCUGCUCAUGUUCCCCCUCGUCAACACCUACGGCUUCUCCAAACCCGCCGACUACCGCAGCCUGCAGUGCCCGGC